GAUCAAUCUGAGAUGAUCUGGUAGGUUGCUCAUCUAGUAGAUCGUAGGAAGAGUAUAUGGACUACAGAGGAAGGUUGUCUUCAAGAGAUGUCUACCAACGACGUUUUCCAGGAGCCAAUUCAUGGCUACCUGAGACUUUCGGCUACAACGCUUGCUUUAAAGAUUCGCCGGUUAGAAGUCGGCGUUGAAGAACUGAUGCAAGUGUUUAUUGACAGAAUAAAUGUUGUUAAUGCUCGUAUCAAUGCCGUAGUAGUCGACCGCUUCUCUGAAGCCUUACAAGAAGCCAAGGAAAUAGAUGAAAUGCUUCUUGAAAUGAGUGAAGAAGAGAGGAAUGAAUUAGAGGGGUCCAAGCCCUUUCUGGGCAUACCAUUCACGGCCAAAGAAGCUUUUGCAGUGACUGGGCUACCCAAUAGUGGUGGUCUUGUGGCUCGUAAAGAUUAUAUCGCCCAGGGAGAUGCUGUUGUGGUUCACCGAUUACGCCAAGCUGGAGCCAUACCGCUGGCUUUGACCAACUGUAGUGAGUUGUGCAUGUGGUGGGAGUCGGCUAACAGGGUCUAUGGCAGGACAUGUAACCCGUUUGACAUCACCAAGAUAGUGGGUGGAAGCUCUGGUGGAGAAGGUGCUAUAAUUGGUGCUGCUGGAUCAGUAAUUGGAGUAGGAUCAGGUAAGUUGUGCACAGCACAGGUUGAUCAGGAUCAUAUUCGCUCUGUUGACCCCAUCCACUUCCUGAUAAAGGGAUCAAUUGUUUGGGAGUCAAGUUGCCCUGGAUUGAAUAUUACAGCUAAUUAUAAUGGAUAUCUUAAGGUGGCUGGUACCAGGAGUACUACAAUCAUUUUAUUCCUAGUGGUAAAGUGGGUCUAUUGCACCCCGAAUGGACAGAGACACUGUAGAAUAAAGCUGUUCUUAUAACUAAAGGAUUAUGUCUAUGAGGAAUUUAAUGGCAAUUUCCUAGGCUUCCUACCUGUAGGUAUGAAAUAGUAAUCUUAAAAACAUCUAAACCUCUCUUUUAGACAUUGGUGGGAGCAUACGAAUGCCAUCUUUCUUCAAUGGCAUAUUUGGACACAAACCAAGCCCAGAAAUUGUGCCCAAUUCUGGCCAGUUUCCUGAUGCCACUGGUAACAGACAACAAUUCCUAUGCACUGGACCAAUGUGCCGCUACGCACAAGACCUGAAACCUCUGCUUAGGGUAUGUACUCUUUCAAUGGAUGUACUGCAUGGUAAAGUGUUUGGGGGUGUAGCUCCCUUAAAUCCCUGUGACCAAUUGCCACUUAGAAAUGAGAAGGUACCUUGGACGAGUUAGCUUAUGCAAGGACUUCUGGGAUUGUUACUGAGGACUUUGGUCUGUUAUUAGCCAAUUUUUUUCCCUGUUUCCAGUGACAGUCCCAGGAGUCUUUGUCCAAGUUAAUUGGCCUUGUUUCGUUCUUGUUUUUUCUCUCCUUCUAAGUUGCUUCCACCACCAUUUUUAAGUUGCUAGACUCCAAAUGAACUCACAAGCAUGCUGCUUUUAAAAAUGUUGUUGUGCUCAAAUAAAUGUUUGAUAUGAUGAUGAUUAUGAUAAUGAUGGUGAUGAUGUUAGUUCCAGUAAAUUAUGCUGUGUGUCACCUCUUCAUUUAGGUUAUGGCAGGAGAGAAUGCAAGUUCACUGAGCCUUGACAUUCCUGUUGAUGUUACUAAGCUAAGGUUUUACACCAUGGAGGAUUGUGGAGGACACUUCCUGGUGUCAAAUGUCGACCCUGAACUCAAACAAGCUCAGCAACACGUCUGUCAGCAACUUGAAGAGAAACUUGGAGUCAGGGUGGAAGCCAUUAAAAUUGAGAAGCUUGCCUCUUCUCUUGAAAUCUGGACCUCUAUGAUGUCAUCUGCUGCACAAAAGUCAUUCUGUUUCUACAUGGGUAACCAAGAAGCUGAGAUUAAUCCAUUCUGGGAGCUCUUAAAAUCAUGCGCACGACUCUCCAAUCAUACAAUUCCUGCUAUUGGUCUGGGUAUGCUUGAAAAAUUUGAGGCAUUGACCCCAAAGAGAGUGUCAGAGUCAUUCAUUCAAAUGGGAGAGGAAUUGCGAGAGGAGCUCGAAUCUAUUUUGGGGGAAGAUGGAGUGCUUCUGUAUCCGUCACAUCCCUCAGUGGCCUUGAACCAUAAUUUGCCUCUGUUGUUCCCCUUUAAUUUCUCUUACACUGCCAUUUUCAAUGUUCUUUACAUGCCGGUUACCCAAUGUCCUGUUGGUUUAAGUAAGUCUGGAUUGCCACUUGGUAUCCAAGUGGUUGCGAGAAACAACAAGGAUCACUUGAGCAUCGCUGUUGCCAUGGAAAUUGAGAGGUUUUGUGGUGGUUGGGAUAGAUUGUAUAACCAAAAACAAAUAGCUCUGAAGACAGAGCAAUAG